CCUGCUUGUUCGGGUUCGCGUCGGGCUGCUGUAUUGCUCGGCGGCUUUGUGGCUGAGGCGACGGGGAAGAGCUACGAAGAAUGUUUAUUUUUAUAUUAAAGAAUUUUGUUUUGAGCUAAGGUUCCCUCUCCCUUGCCCUCCUCGUUCGGGCCAGGCGAGAUUGCCUACCGGAGCAGCAAGAGAAAGAAAGACCGAGAAAGAGUGAGAAAAUAAGGGAACACCGAAGGGAGUUUUUAAAGAAACGAAACAAUAAAAAAGGGACAACCGCUGCUGAAGCAGAAAGUUCGUGUAUCAGAUAUCAAGCCCGAAGUGGCUUGCACGGCCGGUGUUAACUUGAUUAAUUAGGUUGUUUUAGGGCAGUUGAUUAGGGAGAGAAAGUAGCAAGAGUUUUAAUCCAUUUUGCCUGGAAUAUGGUUGAGCGAUAAAGUUUGCUGCUGCGGGGUUCUUCCUUGCAUUCCCGUCAAAAGCAGUGAAUUCCUCCCUUCUCCCUCCAAAAAAAUGUCACUGUCGGGAGGCGAGCGCAGCUCCUUGCCCGCAUGAGUGGCUGGAGAUCGUCAAAGCCACAUCGAGUUAAACACCAUCGAUGUUCUGAAGUGAGAGGGACUGAGAGCUUCCGUGCUCUCUCAAUGCUGGAGAGGGCGCACCAUCCAAACUCUGAGCCGCACAUUUCUCCUCUCUCUUCCCCCCCUCUGGUUUUCCUGCCUUUCUUCUGCAAAAGAUGAAGCCCUGGGACCAAGAAUUGAAACUUUAAACAUUUACAGAAGCUCUUCGCUUGCUAUGCCUGCCUAAUUUUGAUGGUGGAAUUGGUUCUACUUUUUAAUCUCAGGAGCUAAUUUUAAUUUGACUGAUCACCAGAACAGGAAGUUCCUUGGACAGAUAUGCUGAGAAUUUGAAGAUGUGAGAUGUGUGAAUCCAUGGAAGCAGAGCUCUCUUAGGAUCGUUUACCUGAUCAAAUUUAAAAUAAAACUGAGUAUGUAAGGGGAAAAUAGUUUGUCAACAUUGACUUUUUAUAAAGAAUCAUCAGUGUUAAUGAGUCAUUAAAGUUGAUGCAGACAGAACCAUGUGGCGAUUAUUUACACUGAAGCUUGGUCGCUUAUACUGCUGCUUUAAGUUUCUUUUUGUGGUGAGUCUGUUGGUGUUCAUGUUAAUGAAUACUCACACAUUAUUUGACUCCUUUCAGAAGAAUGAACUUGCGGAUCGUCGUUUUAUUAGUCUCAACAAAUGUCCAGCGUGCUUUGGUACUAGUUGGUGUCGUAAAUUUAUGAAUGGCCAAAUCACAUUUGAAACAUGGGGUCGCCUACGAAUUCUGGAUUUCUUGAACGUGAAAAAUGUCUACUUCGCUCAGUAUGGGGAGCCAAGGGAAGGUGCAAGGCGUGUUGUUCUCAAACGCUUGGGUUCUAAUCAAGAACUGACAGAGAUGGAUCAAAAGAUCUGCAAACGGGCCACUGGGCGACCCCGUUGUGAUGUUACACAAGCUAUAUACAAGACUCAGUUUUCUCGUUUAAAUGGAGAAGUUCGGUUACUAACUCCAGAUAUUGUGGAAGGAUGGUCAGACUUGGUGCAUUGUCCAUCGCAAAGACUCCUAGACAGAAUCGUACGCAGGUAUGCUGAAACGAAGGAUUCUGGAAGCUUCUUGAUGAAGAAUUUGAAGGACUCUGAGCGGAUGCAGCUGCUUCUAACAUUGGCUUUUAACCCAGAGCCCCUAGUUCUUCAGAGUUUUCCAUCAGAUGAAGGAUGGCCUUUUGCAAAAUACCUUGGAGCCUGUGGGAGAAUGGUGGCUGUAAAUUAUGUAGGCAAUGAACUUUGGAGUUUCUACCAUGCACCUUGGGAAAAACGAGUAGACUUGGCCUGGCAGUUGCUGGAAAUUGCUGAGCAACUCACGAAUAAUGAUUUUGAGUUUGCACUCUACCUCCUGGAUGUCAGCUUUGAUAACUUUGCGGUUGGAUCUCGGGAUGGAAAAGUCAUCAUCAUUGAUGCUGAAAACAUUAUUGUGGCAGACAAAAGGUUAAUCAAACAAAAUAAGCCUCAGAAUUGGGAUGUCUGGUACGAGAGCAAGUUUGAUGAUUGUGGAAAAGAAGCCUGCCUAUCAUUUUCAAAGGAUAUUUUAUGUUCUCGUGUUACAGUUGACCAUAACUACUAUGCUAUCUGCCAGAAUCUGCUCUCCAGGUAUGCCAUCUGGCGUGGUACAUCCGGAGGGCUCUUGCAUAAUCCUCCUAUAGAAAUUGUCAGAGUUGGCAGACUGGAAGCCUUGCUUGAAGAAUGUGCCAACCCAAAGAAAGAAUAUGGUCGAUUCCAGGCAGCAAGGGAAUUGCGAGAUUACCUUGCAAAGCUGAAUAACAAUGUAAGGUAGCUCAAAUGGGAUCUAUUGUUUUUUAAUAUCACUCUAGAUUUGAGACUGCAAUUAGUCAAAUGUGAGAGUGGUUCCUGUGUAGAAUGUAAAUUUACAUUGAAUGAAACUAUGCAGAUAUGGCAGCACAAGGUAAUAAAUUGUGCUGGGAACUGAAUGGAUAUCUGCAAACCCAAGUGUGGGGUUGAUUAUCUGAUUAGAGCAUUGAGCUUUUAUUGACCUGCUGGCAGCCUGUAGGUGAAGAUCAGCAGGUCACUGGAGAUAAUAGACUCUGAAAGGUUUAUUGAUUGCACAUGUGUCAAAGGGCAAUUGACAUAGCAUAACAUUGCUAUCAAAAAUUGGGAGGUUGAUGCCUUUACUGAGGAAACCUUGCUUAAUUGAAAGCCUGUUUCAAGGCUUAAACCUACUGAUGUUGUCUUGCAUUUCUAUAUUUUGAAUAAGGAAACAUUAAAAAAGUUUAUUAAAAAUAACUUACAUGUGCUGCCAUUAAAAUGUGCAAGAUUUUGAUACACUUGCUCAUACUACUUUGAAAGUAUAUGAACAUAUAUGUAACUUUUCAUCUGUAAACUGAAGCACUGAGGAAAAACAUGGAAUUGUGGUAUUCUGUCAAACCUUAGCCAUCCCUUCAUCACCAUUAAGCAAUAAUUUAAUGUUCUACAAAGUAUAGGGAGAGGAUCAAAAAUCACAUUAAUUUCAAGUAUAACAUGACACAACCUUCAGCAUGAAAUAGUGACCAGAGGUUAAUUUGUAGAAAUGAAAUUUAAAAUAAAAGGUAAGAUAAUUUAAGGACCUGUAGGGGUUACUUAAAACAGAACCAAGUUGACUUUUCUGUAAAUAAAAUAAAGCAAGCUUCUUUUUACAGGAAGCAGGAAGACACAGAUAGUAUUUGUGCAUAAACCAAAGAGUAAGAGUUGUUCCAAAAUUACCUUCAUCUAGAUAGAAGAAACUUAUUUAUUGAAGGAAACAAAAGCAGAAGCAAAACAGGACAUCUUUCAAUAGCCGUUUGUAUUUUAAAAUUGCAUCUUUUAUCACUGGGGUGAAGUUAUUGGUCACAAGUUUACAUUUGCCAUGUGCUUAACUGGUUCUAUUUUUUACUGAUUUACUGGGCUGACACAGAUGACAGUUGCUUUCUGCUGUUUAUUACAUGUUAGUACAGUAUUGUAAUUUGAAAGUUUAUGGUGAACAUUUUCUGUUUUGUUUAACUAAACUGUAUUAAUUCAUUUCCACUUUAUAGAAAAAAAUGUUUAUGUGGAAAUGGUGUGGAAAAUCUGCUUUUGCUGCUAAUUAGCUGAAGUGCAGCAGUAACACCAUUGCCAGCUACUUUCAUGCUUGUGGUUCAAUCUGGAUAAAUGUUGAGCUGUUCCCCAUAAAGCAAUUUUGUGGCUUUAAUCUCCAUUUGAAAUCAUGCUGAUCCUUUUCAGUCUAAAACUAGCAUAAGUUAGCUUUGUUCUAAGGAAUUGAAUGCUGCAACAUCACCAAGUACAGUAGAAAGCAAUAGUGUUUUUUAAAGCUUCUCAGACACUGAAGUCAUAAAAUUAUGAUCCAUUUCAUGUACACAUGGACAGUAGUUUUUAUUCUGUACUCAUAACUUGUUAGUGAAGACGAAGUUAACCAGUGAAGUUAUGAAUGGGAUUUGAAGGUUGUAAAAUGCUGACAAAUGCUAUCCUCGCAUUUUUUCUAUGUUCUUAUUUAGUUUCCAUGGUUUUUUCAAAAUUGUCUGACUCACUGUGCCUUUCAUUCAAAAUUGUCUUUAUAACUUAAAGUGGAUUCAUAUAAUAAAACCUGUUACUUAUUAAAACAAUUUGUGGUUACUCUCCUUGGAAUCGGUAUUUUUAAAGCUUUCAG